AUGCCGCUCCCAGACACGUUCUACUGUGCCCAGCAAAUCAACAUCCCUCCCGAGCUGCCAGACAUCCUGAAAAACUUCACCAAGGCAGCCAUCCGAACACAGCCCAAGGAUCUGCUGCUGUGGUCUGCAGCCUACUUCAAUGCGCUUUCCAAAGGAGAGCAGCUACCUGUCAAGGACAGGCUGGAGAUGAAUGUUGCCACUCAGAAGACAGACACAGGACUGACUCCAGGCCUCCUGAAGAUCCUUCACAAGCAGCUGUCCCAGAAGGAAACAUGCAGCAAGGAGGAGCUGCAGACCAAGUGGAAGGGUCUGUGCCUCCCCGUGGAUCAGCUGGAGACCCUGCUGUCUCUGGGCGGCUUCAGCUCAGACAUCCCCUGGAUGGAGUUCUUCGCCCUGGGCUGCAGCGCUCUGGGAGGGACCCUUCAAAGUUCUCUGAAGUUUGCCUGUGAGAUCCUGACAGAGGAUGAGGAGGGCGGCGCUGCCAGGAUACCAUUUGAUACCUUUGUCAGACUCUACACCUGCUUGGCUCACCUUGACGGGGACGUGCCACAAGAACACACUGACAGUUUCCUCCGCAGCCUCCAGCCACAGGUAGCUGCUUGCACUGAUGCGCUGGUUAUUCUGCCCGACAGCAACAAGCAGGCCGGCAUGAUUCAGGUUUCCAACUUCUACAUCAGCGGGAAGUGA